UCUGUUCCUCUCUGUCAAUCUCCCACUUACUCCAUACACUACGCCACCAUCUCUCUCUCUCUCUCUCCUCUGCACCCCAACGCUUCACAUAGUGCGACAACUCCCUCAGUAUUCCCAGUCCCUCCACCUCAGAAACAAAUACACGCAUGUCGCCUUCAUUUAGUAUAGCCAGAGAGAGAAAGGUGCAAUCUUGAGAUUCGCGACCUGAAAAAGAUGAGAUCUUGGCAAAUCAGGAGGAGUAAUAGCCAAGGCGGCUAUGAAAAAUUUUAAGACUAUAAUCUGUCACAGCAUUUAUGGCAUCACAUCACCUCAUUUCGCAAGCAGAUUCUCUACUCUUGUCUCUCAAUUGCGCCGGCUCGCCACCCGAGGAGGAGGCCCUUUUCCUUCAAGUGGGGCGCCUGUGAAUCAGAGAAAAAACACAAAAAGAUAAAUUUUUUUUCUAGCAGCUGCUGAGAUUGUUGGGGGGUUUUGUUUCUUUGUGUUUGUUUUUCCUAUUUUGUGGAAGAGGACGACGCUGAUGUGUUCUGGUCGGAGAGGGACUCAUAAUGUGUGAUGGGAUAACGUAAAGAUUCCUUCUUUUGUCUCUUUUAGGUCGCAGAGAAUGAUUCUUGGUGUUUUCAGUUUCUUGCCCUUUUCGGACCUAUAUGUAUUUUGUUUCCCAGAAUUUCUUCAUUGAAAGUUCCAAGGAGUUCAGUUUUGAACAAGUUUGAAGGUGAAGAUAAUUAAAAUAAGUAAAAGAUGAAGUAUAUGAAGCUGGGGUCGAAGCCGGAUGCUUUUCAUGCUGAAGGGAAUUGUGUGAGGUAUGUGUCAUCUGAAUUGGCGACGGAUGUCAUCAUAAGUGUUGGAGAUGUGAAGUUCCUUCUCCAUAAGUUUCCUCUCUUGUCCAAGAGCAAUAAGUUACAAAAGCUCGUAUCAGGACUGAACGAGGAAAGCCCUGAUGAAAUCCAGUUGGUUGAUUUCCCUGGUGGCCCUAAAGCAUUUGAGAUAUGUGCCAAAUUCUGUUAUGGCGUGGCAGUGACUCUCAAUCCCUACAACGUUGUGGCUGCACGCUGUGCAGCAGAGUAUCUUGAAAUGACCGAGGAUAUUGACAGGGGUAACCUGAUCUUGAAGAUUGACAUAUUCCUCAACUCCAGUGUGCUACGCAACUGGAAAGAUUCCAUCAUCGUCCUACAGACCUCCAAAUCUCUCCUUCCAUGGUCCGAGAAUCUAAAGAUAGUCGGUAGGUGCAUAGACUCAAUAGCAUCCAAAACUUCGGUGGAUCCUUCGCUGAUCACCUGGUCUUACACGUACAACAGAAGACUGGCAACAUCAGACCAAAUAAUCCGCAGUGGACUGAAAUUCUCUGAAAAGUUGGAAUCCGUGCCUAGAGACUGGUGGAUCGAAGAUAUCUGUGAGCUGGACAUUGACCUGUACAAGAGAGUCAUGCUCGCGAUAAAAUCCAAAGGCAGAAUGGAUGGUGGCGUUAUUGGGGAGGCAUUGAAGGCGUACGCCAUGAGAUGGCUGCCAGAUUCUGUCGAUGCAUUGGUGUCUGAAGUUCACAUCAACAGAAACAAAUCCUUAGUCGAAACUAUAAUCUGCUUGCUCCCUUCGGAUAAAGGUAUCAGUUGUGCCUGCAGUUUCUUACUGAAAUUACUCAAAGUUGCUAUUCUCAUAGAAGCCGAUGAUUCAUCAAGAGAAGUGCUGAUAAAGAACAUCAGUUUGAAACUCGACGAUGCUCUGGUCAGUGAUCUCUUGAUCCCAGCAAGGCCUCCUCAGACAACUAUCUACGACAUUGAACUUGUUCAACGCCUCGUGGAUUUGUUUAUGGAGAAUGAGAUAAGUAAGAAGGAUAAGAAGAUGCUUGAGAAGAAUGGGGGUGACUUUGUUUUAGGGUAUGGAUCUUGGUUGAAAGUUGGGAAGAUCGUAGAUGGUUACCUUGCAGCAGUUGCUCGUGACCAGAGCCUCACCGUGUCUAGUUUCUUCAAACUGUCCCAGUCAGUUCCUGAGACGGCCAGACCGAUUCAUGAUGGAUUAUAUGGCGCCAUUGACAUCUAUCUAAAGGAGCAUAGUGGAUUGACAAAAUCUGAGAGGAAGAGGUUGUGUGGGCUAAUGGACGUGAAGAGACUGACGACGGACGCCACCAUGCACGCAGCGCAGAACGAGCAGCUGCCACUACGCGUUGUGGUGCAAGUUCUAUUCUUCGAGCAGGCAAGGACAUCAGCAGCUACUCAUGCUAUCAGCAACAUCGAGGAUGCCCCUAGAAAGACCAAAGGGAACUGGGGGAAGACGGCGCCUGAAAAACGCAAAUCUCUCAGAAAACAGAUGGAUGAGCUGAAAAUGAAAGAAGAGGAGGAGGAAGCAGUGAAAAGUGGAAAACUUGUGAAAAGAGGCAGCAAGAACGGGGGAUCGAGUGCGCAGUUGCUGCCAUCACGUUCGAGGAGGAUAUUCGACAGACUGUGGAUGAUUGGGAAAGGGGUGGCCAAUGGAGAGAACAAGAGCUCUGAGACUUCAGGGAGCUCUCAAAGCCCGGCCUCAAUGAUCCGAGGAGAAACAAAGUCGUCUGGCUCGUCUUCAAGGCAUCGGAGACACUCGAUUUCGUGAUGAUGGUAAGUGUAAAGUGGUAGUAGGAUCUCCAUUUACUGUAGUAGGAAAACUGCAUUGUAUCAGUUUCUUUGGAUAAUCCUGUGGUGUUGUUUUCAUUCAUCUCUUCUGCACAUCAUUGUAUCAAUUGGUUGAAUUCUUGUAUAUCUAUUUCUCAUUUAGUUCCCAA